GAUUGUGACAUGUGGAUUGACGUUUACUGCUUCCACCUCUACAUUCCACCCCGAUUUUUCUAAAAUAGACAUAUUUUUGAUAUGGUUAAGUUAAUUUGAAUUGAAAUGACUUAUUUAAAAUCUUGGGAAGAAUUUGAAAAAGCUGCCGAAAAACUGUAUUUGCAAGCGCCAUCCAAGGCACGGUAUACAAUGAAGUACGUGCAUUCAAAAAAUGUUUUAGUUUUAAAAAUGACUGACGAUGUAGUGUGUUUACAAUUUAAGACAGAAAUAGCCCAAGAUGUAAGGAAAAUAGACAAAUUUAUCAAUAAUUUAUUACGACAUAUGGCAUCAAAAGAACAUUAACGUAACCUCAACAUUUAUAAACAUAUUGCCCAUUUUUUCAAGAAAAUGGUGGAAGCGCGAGGAAUGCCUUUAAUAACUUUAAUGUUUUUUAUUUUUGUUACAAAGUAAAAUAGUCAACGCUAUGUUAACACUUGUUCUCAAGUUAAUAAAUUGUGAAUUAAUA